AUGAAAUUUAAUUUUUCUACAAUUUUCAAUAUCUUAUUCUUUUUAUUCACCUUAAUUGAAGCCAACAGCAAUGGGGAAACAGUCAAACUUAUUACUUCUGAUGGUAUUGUUUACAGUUAUGCUGUCUACACAAAGACUCUUGCGCCGGCAAGGGUUGUGGUUAAAACGAUUUCAUAUACUACUACAAGGGUAUAUCCGAUUACUUUAGCUAAUUCCGUCGUUUCUUCCACUACUGAAAAGAUAACAGAGGUUUCAACGGUGUCAGCUUCAGAACAAGUUAGUGCUACUCAAACAAACUCAUUGGUUUCUACUUCUACUGUUUCCACUAUCAGUCCAACGAUUUCAUCUGGUUCUUCAACAUCCUCUAGCUCUACAUACGAUAUCGAAUCAUCUCAAAGUAUCGAAUCGUCAGGUACAUCUUCCGCUACAGCCGAACCAUCUGCGUCUUCAGGUUUUCGUUUGACUUCUAGUUCUGCUUUUGUUUCAUCUACUGCACCUUUCUCUUCCCAACUUUCUUCAUCUUCAUCUUCUGAAACAUCAUCCUCAUCAUUUUCAACAUCAUCAUCAUCUGCCCCUCUUUCCUUAACUUCUUCUUCUUCUUCUUCUUCUUCUUUCGCCACUAUUAUUACCUUGGCACCAUCGAGCUCAAAAAGCGGAAACUCUCAACUAACUUUGGCGUCAUCGUCUUCCACUUCCGCAGUUGAGUCAUCCCAAACAGGGUCCACUAUAGCAAGAACUACCUCUACACUGGUACCCUCUUCUAGCGUAGAUACAACGUCUAGAGCAACGACAUCCAUGCCAUUAGAAUCGUCUUCUACGCAAUCGAUAUCCGUCUCCAGCUCGGAUGGCACUUGUUACGUUUUUUAUGAUGAUGAUGACUACUAUAGUACUGUCUACUUAACUAACCCGUCUCAAUCCGUUGAUGCCGCCACCACUAUAACUAGUACAAACACAAUUUAUGCUACGGUUACCAUUUAG